AUGGGCAAACUUCGACCCAAACUUCAGCUCUGUAGGCUGUUAAGAAUUGAGGGAGUUGAAGUCCAAAACACCCUGAGGGCCGAUGUUUGCUCAUACCUGCUAUACAGAAGGCACCCAUUGAUUCUGAUUCAGCACCAGGGAAGAUGGAGGGGCGUUGAGAGGGGCUCCCCAUUUGCUGGAAGCACCCCCUGUUUCCAACCCAAUGGACCCCCUGGCCUCCCUCUUUGCCCGGCCUGCUUGCUCGCUUGCCUGGCUGCUUAUGUGCGGCAGAGGCGCUUGCCUAUCUCUCUGCCCCCCCCCCCUUCCAAUCCAGCUGGUGUGGUCCGCGCGGCUGCUGUUGUUGAUGCCUGCCUGCCUGCCUCCUCGCGUUGGCAGAGCCCAUCUCGCUGUCCCUGGGAGGGGGGAUCGGCUGUGUCGGAGGAGGAGGAGAACGAGCGAGGCAGCCAGAGAGCGCCUUGGCUUCUUCUUCUUCUCCUCCUCUUCCUUCCUCCUGCCUCCGUCUCCUUCUUCGUCCCUGGGCUGCGCAUCCCCGACAGGCUGAUGGUGACACUCGGGUCCCUGCUCCUCUGGGCUCUGGUGUACACUUACUGCGGGCUCUGCGCCUGCAUUGAGCUGCUGAAACUUUUGUGGAGCCUCGGCACCAAGCCAGGCAAGACCUUCCAGUGGCUGAUCCGGGAGAACCCGCCGGGCUGCCUCAAUGACCCCUCCUUGGGCACGCACUGCUAUGUCAGGAUCAAGGACACUGGGUUAAGAUUCCACUAUGUGGCUGCGGGAGAAAGAGGUAAACCACUUAUGCUGCUCCUACACGGCUUUCCAGAAUUCUGGUACUCCUGGCGUCAUCAGAUGCGGGAAUUCAAGAGUGAAUACCGAGUUGUGGCCUUGGAUUUGAGAGGUUAUGGGGAAACAGAUGCUCCUAUCCAUCGUGAAAAUUACAGACUAGACUGCCUGAUUACAGAUGUGAAGGAUAUCUUGGAAUCUCUUGGAUACAGCAAGUGUGUGCUGAUUGGUCACGACUGGGGUGGAAUGAUUGCUUGGCUGGCUGCUAUUUGUUACCCGGAAAUGAUAACAAAACUGAUUGUUAUUAAUUUCCCACACCCCUCUGUUUUCACAGAGUUCAUUCUGCGACAGCCAUCACAAAUGAUUAAAUCUGCCUACUAUUACUUCUUCCAAAUGCCAUGGUUUCCAGAACUUAUGUUUACAAUAAAUGAUUUUAAGACCCUGAAAAAUCUUUUUACCAGCCAGUCCUGUGGAAUUGGAAAGAAAGGCUGUAGGCUGACAGCAGAAGAUAUUGAAGCUUACCUAUAUGUAUUUUCCCAACCAGGAGCACUAACUGGUCCUAUAAAUCACUACAGAAACCUUUUCAGUUGCCUGCCUCUGCAACACCAUGAAGUCACUAUGCCUACCCUGCUACUCUGGGGAGAAAAAGAUCCUUUUCUGGAUGUUGAAAUGGCAGAAAUCACAAGGAUGUAUGUCAAAAAUCAGUUUAGACUAACUAUUCUGUCUGAGGCAAGCCACUGGCUCCAACAGGAUCAGCCUGACAUUGUGAACAAGUUGAUAUGGACUUUUCUAAAAGAAGAGUCAAGAAAGCGAGAGUGACCUUUUAUUGCCAGCACAAUCUAAAUGUUUCAAGCUCAAAGUUAAUUGUGAUCAGAGCCUAUUUGCAGCCAACUUUAGGAUGAGCUCUGCUAGAGAAAAUGUUUUCAAUGUACUGUAUGUAAUGAUGCCAAUGUUAUCACAAGAAGGUGGUGUAAGACUAUGUAACAGUAAUGUUGGUUUUACCUGUAUUCUGUAUUUUGCACAUGAGACACUUGCCUUAAAAUGUUUGUGCUUGUACAAUAAGGAAUUCAUAGAGAGUUGCUUAGUU